AUGUCUGACGCUCAACCACAAGGAGGAAACCUCUUCGAUAUGGCCAAGGAGGGCGCCAAGAUCUCCGCAGACGCCGCCAAGCCGAACGUGAUCUCGGCCGGCGAAGGGGGGAGCCGGAAGGGAGCAGCAGAAGGAAGCGCGGCCGGGGCCGGCCUCGACGACAGCAAGCUGGGGGCCACCUCUCUCGGAGAGGUGGUCAGCGCGGCCGGGGGCGAGCUCCCCGAGGACAUCGGGCAGAAGUACAGCCGCGCCGGCGGCAAGGAGCGGAGGGACCACCACAGGGCGCCCCACGGUGGGCGGAACCAGCCCUCUCACGGCUGA